AUGAAACGCCCAUUGCCUUGUCUGGCAUGCUGGGAGGCCGAUGGAGAUGAGGAUGACAUGAGUGAGGCCGCACGAGUUUCAUCCAAGCCUGCCAGAGUAUCCUCCCAGAGCUCCUUGGGUACGAGAUCAGCUGACAACAACGUGGUACAAGACAAGACCGAUACCACGACUGGCCUGCCGUGCGAUGUUAGCAACAAAGACCUCAUACUCUGUCGAAUCCGAUCCGUUGCCGACCCUGAAUAUCUACAACAGUCUGAGGACUGCCAGGUAUCGGAUUGCGAAGCCAUGAUGGCGAAAGUGAGAGAAGAGUUCGAGGCUAAGAAACUUGGUCCCAUGCUCGAUAAGUUCGAGGAGCCCCUGCACACCAUUGACCAGUUCGUCCGAGGUAUUACGGUACUGGUCCAGGGCUUGGAUCCCAUGGCUCAGAUUGUCUGGGGUGGGUUCUUGAUACUUCUCAAGAACGCUGUGCGCUUUGUUGAUCUCAUCAACACCAUCUUGAAUUGUAUAUGCGAUCUAUCCAAGAUGCUUGCUCGGUUCCAAAUCUUCAACAAAAUGUACGCAACCGAGCGAGUAAAGAACUCUCUCGGUGACGUGUGUGCUUGUUGCGUCGAGUUUUGUGCUGCCGCUUCCAAGGUAUCCCGUCGUGGUUCAAUUUUCAACUCUCUUCGUUUGAUCUGGGACCCCCUUGAUCAAAAGUUUCGACGGCUUCGGAGCAACAUUGAAGCUGCUGAAAAAGACUUUGCGCAAGAAGUCGGGCUACAACAAGCCAUAGAGACACACGAGACACACGAACUAGUCCAAGCAGCCAAGCCAAAAGGCCCAAACAUCCCGUGUCACGUUAUGUCUCCAGCCAAGAAUACAUUGUUCUUCACACGACCAGACAUCAUGAAACAGAUCGAGUCACGCUUUUUCCCUCACGAGAAAACGUCAUCCUCUGGGCUCAAGUCAUUCCUUCUGCAUGGUCUCGGAGGCGUUGGAAAGACACAACUGGCUGCCAAUUUCGCCUAUAGCCACUGGAAUGACUACGAAAUCAUCAUCUGGGUUGUUGCUGACACGAAACAGAGCGUUGACGACCAUUUUCUUCAGGCGGCAGCGGCGCUAGGCCUCCCUCAUGACGGCGACGCAAGUGCUAUUGUUACCAACGUUAUGAAUUGGCUAAGAGACUGCAAUCACAAAUGGCUCAUCGUCUUUGACAAUGUGGACAAUGAAAGCUUGCUACGAAGAUUUUGGGUAAACUCGGCCAAGGGAUCUAUCCUCAUUACUAGUAGGCAAGGGAUACUUGGCACGACCAUGGUGGACGGUGCUUGUCAGGUUGGUCCACUGGAUAAGAAUGAAGGUGCUUCCAUGAUCCAACUGCUGCUGGAAAACAAAGUGAGUGAUGCCCAGGACCGCCAUCUUGUUGAAGAAAUGGCCAAGGCUCUAGGCGGUUUGCCCCUGGCACUCGCGCAGAUGGCGGGAUACCUUCGGACCAACCACGUCACUGUCAAAGAGUUUCUGGGCAAUUACAACAACAGUGAAUAUGCCCGAACGCUUUUUGGUAGAGCCACAAGCCUAGACCAUGAACAGCACCAGCAGACGCUUGAGACAGUCUGGCGACUGUCAUUCGAGAAGCUGUCGGCCGAUGCAAAGACUCUGCUGUGGAUCACAGUAUUCCUGCACCCGGAUGAAAUACCAUGCAGUAUUUUCCAGAUUAGGAAGACCGCACCAGGAACGCCCCUGCUAUCGGUACUGCAGGUCUUGAACAUAUCGCACAGCAUGCUCAGGUACAAAGAGGCUGAAUCAAGUCUGACUAAACAAUCUCUUGUGACAUACAAUGAAAAGGAGCUCUCGCUAUCUAUUCACCGACAAGUUCAACAAAGUGCCCUCUAUGAACUCUUGGAUGGGGAUCCAGAAAACCUGCGAGUGGCUCUUUCAGGUGCAGUGCAGGUGUUGUACCAUGUGUAUCCUCGACAGUGCCCUCUAGGCAAGCCAAUACCCAACUGGUCAACUUGCCAGCAGUACACCACACAUGUUCUCCACCUCCUCAGCCUCUACGAGACAGAGAAGAAGGUUAGAGAGAUAGCAGACACAAACACUCUCACCCUUCUUACAGAACUACUUUGUGACUGUGGCGUUUACCUUUGGGCGAGAUGUCUUUUCGGGGACGCUGAACGCCUUGCGUCUGCAUCAAUCGAUGUUGCAGAGAGAGCCCUCGAGCCCCACGACUGCCUACGGGCACAACCGUAUACCCUGCUUGGUUGUAUCUGUAUUCGGUCCGGGAAUAGGAGGGAGGAAGCCGUCAAGUCACUCGAGACUGCCCUCCAUAUUCGCGAAGAGAACAUGAAAGCCGACUACAAACACAUAGAUCCUCCCUUGCAAAUCGACAUCCAGCUAGCCAAUGCCUACAGCAACCUGGGAAUUGCGGCUAAGCAGAUGGGAGAUUUUGAGAAGGCCGCACAAUUGCAUGAGCAGGCAAUCGAGAUCAAAGAGCGACAGCGGGAUCAUUGCGCUGGCUUUCUCCUUGCGCUCUCCCUGCAUAACAUGGGGAAACUCCACCGCCUCCAAGGGCACGUGGAAGAGGCGGUCAAGUUUUUCGGUGAAUGUGACGCCGAGAUGAGCAUCUACCAAGACGACGACGAGAUGAAGGCUCGGCAGGCAGUCUGGCUCUGCUCAUUGGCAGAGGCCGAAGCCAGCCUUGGCCGCGCAGAGGACGCUGAAGAACACUUUACCCAGUCUCUCGAGACACUGAAGAAAGUUAUGGAGGGGUCACUGGACACUGGAAUGGCAUAUCUUCGAUUUGGGACCUUCAGGUACAAUGCUGGAAGGUUUGAGGAGGCUGCGGCCUUGUUCAACGAUGCUGUGAAGAUUUUUCCUGCCAAGCCUGAAGCUGCACUCAGUGAUCAGAUUCUCUCCAAGAAUAGGCUGGCGUACUCUCUUCACUGGCUAGGCCGAACGUAUGCUCAGCUCGGCAAGGAAUGUGAGUCGAAAGAGGCCCAACGCAAAGCAUCGGAGCUGUAUGUAAAGAUUACCGGCAGAGAGAUCCCCUUGGACCCGGAGAAGGCAGCGGAAAAGUUCGAGAAACUUGUCUCGGAUGAUUGA